CGGCUGCGCCCCGAGCGAGCCCCAUGCCCCGCGCGGGCUGACGGGCCGGAGCCCGCACGGAGCGGCCGGGCGGGACAGGUCCCGUUAGAGCGACAUGAUGGUGGAAUCCGCCUCGGAGACAAUCAGGUCGGCUCCGUCAGGUCAGAAUGGUGUGAGCAGCCUCUCUGGGCAGGCCGACGGUGGUGGCGGUGGCGGUGGCGGUGGUGCUGGGACCACGGGGACCGCCGGAGGCAGCAUGGGCAGGGACACAGCCCCCGGCGCAGACAGCAACGGCGAGAUGAGUCCAGCGGAGCUGCUGCACUUCCAGCAGCAACAGGCUCUCCAGGUGGCCCGGCAGUUCCUGCUGCAGCAGGCCUCGGGCCUGAGCUCCCCGGGCAACAAUGACAGCAAGCAGUCCGCCUCUGCCAUGCAGGUGCCCGUGUCAGUGGCCAUGAUGUCGCCGCAGAUGCUCACCCCCCAGCAGGUGCAGCAGAUCCUGUCGCCCCCGCAGCUGCAGGCCCUGCUCCAGCAGCAGCAGGCACUCAUGCUGCAGCAGCUGCAGGAGUAUUACAAGAAGCAGCAGGAGCAGCUCCACCUACAGCUCCUCACCCAACAGCAGGCUGGGAAACAGCAACCCAAGGAGGCACUGGGGAACAAGCAGCUGGCCUUCCAACAGCAGCUCCUGCAAAUGCAACAGCUGCAGCAGCAACACCUGCUCAACCUGCAGAGGCAGGGGCUGGUCAGCCUGCAGCCCAGCCCGGCCUCCGGGCCCCUGCAGACCCUCCCUCAAGCCGUGUGCCCGACGGAGCUGCCCCAGCUGUGGAAGGGCGAGGGUGCCCCCGGGCAGCCUGCCGAGGACAGCGUCAAGCAGGAGGGGCUGGACCUCACCGGCUCGGCCGCCACCGCUACCUCGUUCUCCGCCCCUCCCAAGGUCUCGCCCCCCCUCUCCCACCACACCCUGCCCAAUGGACAGCCCACUGUGCUCGCAGCUCGGAGAGACAGCUCCUCCCUUGAGGAGACCCCCAGCUCCCACCCCCUCUACGGACACGGAGAGUGCAAGUGGCCAGGCUGUGAGACCCUGUGCGAAGACCUGGGCCAGUUUAUCAAACACCUCAACACAGAGCACGCCCUGGACGACCGGAGCACGGCCCAGUGCCGGGUACAGAUGCAGGUGGUGCAGCAGCUGGAGAUCCAGCUGGCCAAGGAGAGCGAGCGGCUGCAGGCCAUGAUGGCCCACCUGCACAUGCGGCCCUCGGAGCCCAAGCCCUUCAGCCAGCCGGUGAGUGUCUCGGCCCGCCCGGAACCCCUCCACAGCCCCCUGCACCCUCGGGCCCCCCACCCUCCUCGCUCACAGCUGAACCCGGUCCCUGGCUCCUCCUCGUUCUCCAAGGUGACCGUCUCUGCAGCAGACUCCUUCCCAGAUGGUCUCGUGCACCCCCCGACCUCAGCCGCCGCCCCCGUCACCCCCCUGCGGCCCCCCGGCCUCAGCUCGGCCUCCCUGCACGGCGGGGGCCCGGCCCGCCGGAGAAGCAGCGACAAGUUCUGCUCCCCCAUCUCCUCAGAGCUGGCCCAGAACCACGAGUUCUAUAAGAACGCCGACGUCAGGCCCCCUUUCACUUACGCCUCCCUCAUCCGCCAGGCCAUUCUGGAAACCCCCGACAGGCAGCUGACCCUGAAUGAGAUCUAUAACUGGUUCACCAGGAUGUUUGCCUACUUCCGCAGAAACACUGCCACCUGGAAGAAUGCCGUGCGCCACAACCUCAGCCUGCACAAGUGCUUCGUCCGCGUGGAGAACGUCAAGGGCGCCGUGUGGACCGUGGACGAGCGAGAGUACCAGAAGCGGAGACCGCCAAAGAUGACGGGGAGCCCCACGCUGGUGAAGAACAUGCUCUCGGGCCUCAGUUACGGAGCACUUAAUGCCAGCUACCAGGCCGCCCUGGCCGAGAGCAGCUUCCCCCUCCUCAACAGCCCGGGCGUGCUGAACCCUGGCUCGGCCAGCAGCCUGCUGCCCCUCAGCCAUGAGGACGUGGGCGCUCCCGUGGAGCCGCUGCCCAGCAACGGAAGCAGCAGCCCCCCCCGCCUCUCCCCACCCCAGUACAGCCACCAGGUGCAGGUGAAAGAGGAGCCGGCGGAGGCGGAGGAAGAUAGGCGGCCUGGGCCCCCCCUCGUGCCCCCCAACCCCGGCACGGUGGGGCCUCCGGAAGACAGGGACCUGGAGGAGGAGCUGCCGGGAGAGGAACUGUCCUAAGGGCCUGUAGGGGUGGGCAGGGCAGGGGUGAGACCCCUCCUGCCCCGGCCCUGGGCCCCCCGCCCCCACUCCACAGCCCCUCCCGAACCUCAAGGCACUUCCAGAACUCAGAUGGGGGGGGCCUGGGCCAGCAACUCCCAGUGUGACCUGACUGACGCCUGGGGGCAGGGACGGCCCCACACCUCCCCCCAGGGACUCCAAACCCCUGGUCUGGGAUCAUAGAGGACACGGAGGGCCCAGACCCCUCUCCGACCCUCCCCCACAUCUGAUUCCCACCCCCCACCCCCAACCACCAGCAGUAGCAGGGCCCUCCUCCCCCACCAGCUCUCCCCACAGGGCCCCUCAGCGCCAUGGAGACCCGCAGGCGGGGCUACGUCACGCUCCAACCCCAGCCCGCACCUGGCUCUGGCAGUGGUUUCUGGCCAGAGGCCCCCAACUUCCCUAAUCUGUGCCCCCUUCUGCCGCCUUUUCCGUACUGUGAAGAAAGAGCCCACCCCCAGCUGCCACCCCUGGCCGGCCCUGCAGGGGAUGGAGGCUUCAGACCAGCCCCAGAGAAAGCAGCCCCUGGCUGUUGGGGUGGGACCAGCUGUGUGCCCUGCAGGCCCCUCCCCCCGCCACGCCCCUUCACUGGGUGCUGCCCUGCCCACCUGCAGAGGUCUGUGCCAGGUGGACCGGUGCCCAGGAGGCCAGAGCUGGGGCAAGGGCAACGCCUGGAUGGUGGGGAGGUGGCCAGGGUGCAGGGAAGAGGGGGCUGAGACCAGCUUCGCUGCCCCAGCCUGCGGGCCCCCAGCACCCUCCCUGUCCCCCCAGUUAAACGGAUGACCAAAGACCUUUCUUAUGCCGGAAGCAAAAACCAAAACUUUCUGUUGGCUUGUUCCUUUGUCGCCUCCCGCACACCCUCUCCUGGCCCCCACGCCCUGGCCCCAGGCUGGAAGCCCUCCCUCCACUUAAGUUAUUGUUUUAAACCAAAGUUUACAGCAUCUGUUGGUGGCAAGACCCUCUCCCUCCACCCUUCCUCCGUCAGAUUCAGUAGCGGCUGGGGGCCCUGCUGACCACCCCGGGCUCUUGUCCAGCCUGGGGGAAGGAGAGAGGGCGGAGAGGAGGGGUGGGCACCGGAGCCCUGGGCCCCACCCCUGGGCUGCUUCCUGGGGGCGCUGCAGACCCCUCUCUAGGACCAAGUCCCCCAUCGUGCUGGGAAUUUGGAUUCCAGCAAAAGGGCUGGAAAAAGAAGUGAGACUGUCCCCAGACCCCCUAUGGGGGACCCCCAAUUUAAGGCCACAAACGGGGUGUGUUGGGUGCUCGGAACACCCGGCCGGGCCCCCGGAACACCCGGCUGGGCCCCUCCGAUGAGAAGCCUCCUGGAUACUGCCCGAGACCCCCCACAUGCACCCCUCCACGAGCCACCCCUCCCGAGAGGCAGGGGCCUCUGCCCCACCCCGUGUAUCCCCCACCUGUGUUCGUUUGACCAGCACAGAAAUAUUAAACGUCCUCUAUUC